AUGGUCGUCGGGGAAAAGGCGACGGCUUCGGCACGUGCAGAGGGCGCAGGACCUAACCAAGCUAGCGAAGAGAGCGAAGACCCUAUUGUCGACGAGGAAGCAUCGAAGCAAGCCGCGAAGAAGCAGCAACUCACGGAGUUGGCCGAACUGGUGCAGGCUGAGAUCGACCGGGCUGCAAAGGCUCAAGUCCUUGAGCACUUGAAGGAGCGAACGGCACACGCCUUUCAGGAAGCGUCCGAUCUCCGUGAAGAGCUGGAGAGGACGGAAGCCGCCGUAGUCGGAGGCAAGAAGAAACGAGACAUCGACGUGGCGGAGCGGGAAGCCCAGCUAAAGAUCUACGAGGAAGAGAUCCGUAGGUUGGAGGCGGAGUCGGCGAAGAACCCUUCCGCAAUAGAAAUAAUCUUCUUGGUUAUCGAUGCAACUGAGUUGGGCAUGUGGCCCCCUAAUUCCUCUUCCGGGGAUGGCGGUUGUGAGUCGUCUAGGAGUUAACGUUUUUUUUGGGGUCCUCUCUCUUUCCUACAUUUUUUUUUUUUUUUUUUGUUCUUCACUUCAAAUCAGCGCUCACAGCACUAGUGCCGUUUAUUCCAACCCGUGGUCACACAGAAGAGCCUCUCUCUACCCUCCCCUCCUGCGGUACUUCGCCUUCAAUUUUUAAUGCGAGAAGAGUUCAGCACUCUCUUCCCUCUGUGUACACACGAACUAGCGCUAUCCACUUGGCCAGGAGCGGAAGCGAGAGAAAAACUCACUUUGCAAGAAAAGCUCGCCUACGCCGGGAUUCGAACCCCUGACCUGACCUCUAGAAGGUUACGAGGCUACCAACUAGACCACCGGGACGACCGGCAUUACAAUGGAAAUCCGUGAAGAGGUGGAUGGAAAAAGGGGGAAAAGGUCAGCAGAAUAUAAAAGUAAAACAGAAUGAACACAAUAUGUGCACUGUGUGUGUUCGUUGCUUGUGUCCAGGGUGCAUACCUCCGCAGCCAGCUAACCAGGAGCGUCAACGCAGAGACAAAGCUGGCGAACGAGCUCAAGAGGACGCAGGAGUCGCUCUU